UUAGGGUCUGUAGGUUCUACACAUGUAGAAAAUGUUUCGUUUUGGAAUACCUUUUAUUAUUAGUUGUUUAUUAAAAUGUACACUAGUAUUGAACACGGAUAGCAAUACGACUUGUUUGGACUUUUAUAAAAUGAAAGGUGAAAGCAUGAAAACAAAGUCAUGUACUGGUGAAUUCAUUGUUUCUCACUGUAUUCCAAAUGUGGAACAUCAGGAAGUGGACGUUUGUGUACAAUGGAAAUGGAUUACACCAGGUUACUGUCCAUAUUACGAUUCCACGUCAAAUGCUAUAAAAGAAGUACGGUGUUCAUACUACUGCUUACGAAGGGAUGAUUUGAAAGAUAUUUGUAUUUGUUCAUCAAAAUACGCUGAAAACGCUUCAUGCAAAACCACGUGUAGAGACGAUUUUAAAUCCUAUGAUUACGUCUUCUGUGAACAGGAAGUACUUUCGACUGUUACCGGGUCUGUUCCAACAACACUAUCAACUACACAAAAAUCUGUUACAUAUGAUAAGGAUAACAAGACAGAGGUGAAUGAGGAGAGGGACACUGAUUUUGGGAGUGCUCUAGGAAUUGCAUUUGGUGUACUUAUAACUAUAAUUCUGAUGGUUGCUGCAGCAGUUUUAUUAAUCAAAUAUGGGAAAAUGUUGGAAAACUGCGGAAAAGGGAGCGAAGAAAAUAUGGCAGACAUUGAAGCUCAUCCAGAUGAAGUUAGAAAACCUUUUUUAAAUGAGGAAGAAGAGAAGAAAAAAGAUGAAGAGAAUGAAAGGAAUGAUGAUGGAAAAACGAAAAUAUUAGAUGAAAUUCGAGAGAGGGAAUGGUCAUCUACGCAAAACACUGUGGAAAAAGCAGAAAGUGAAAGUACUGAAACCGAUGAGAAUCAAAGUAAUGAAGCAGGUAAUAAAGAUAAAGAUGUAAAAUUGCAUGCUUUGGACAACAGGGAAGAAAGUUUAAUCCCUAAACAUGUGAUUUCUACAACAUCAAAUCAAACUCCAAAGAGUGAUAUAAAUCAAGAAGACAGUGGGAACUUACAGGAUGACAACAAAAUGUCUGUCUGUUCCACUGGUGGUUUUGAAAAAGAAGGAGGUAAUUCCUCUGAGCAUAAAUCUGAUGAAAAGGGCAGAAGAAAUGUAACUAAUGCAGAGGAUACUGGUGGAAGUGUUGACAGUUUUGAAAACAACCAUGGAAAUGAAAACACUGUAGACCCUUCUAAUAGAUUGACAGAAGGCAGUGUUGAUCAGGAUGGGAAUUUAGAUGCAUGUAAACCUAUCCCUGACAGUAUUGUAGAAACAGGUUAGAUAUUUCAUUGUAUUGCAA